AUGAGCGUUGUUGGGUUCGAUUUUGGAAAUGAGAACUGCAUUGUUGCCGUGGCCCGGCAGCGAGGCAUCGACGUUGUUCUCAAUGACGAGUCGAAGCGGGAGACGCCGGCCGUCGUGUGCUUCGGUGAUAAGCAGAGGUUUAUCGGAACCGCCGGUGCCGCGUCAACCGCGAUGAACCCCAAGAAUGCCAUCUCACAAAUAAAGCGCUUUAUCGGUCGCAAGUUUUCUGACCCCGAGCUCCAGCGUGACAUCCAGUCCCUCCCUUUUAACGUUACCGAGGGUCCAGAUGGGUUUCCGUUGAUUCAUGCGCGGUACCUCGGUGAACAGAAGGUGUUUACCCCCACUCAGAUAUUGGGAAUGGUUCUGUCUAAUCUAAAGGGAAUAGCUGAGAAGAAUCUCAAUUCUGCGGUUGUUGAUUGUUGUAUAGGGAUUCCAGUCUAUUUCACUGACCUGCAGAGAAGAGCUGUGCUGGAUGCAGCUACCAUUGCUGGUUUGCAUCCUCUCCGUCUGAUGCAUGAGACCACUGCAACUGCCUUGGCAUACGGCAUCUACAAGACGGAUUUGCCGGAGAAUGAUCAGCUUAAUGUUGCUUUUGUCGACGUUGGACAUGCUAGCAUGCAGGUCUGCAUUGCCGGAUACAGGAAAGGACAGCUGAAAAUAUUGGCUCACUCUUUUGACAGAUCUCUUGGUGGGAGGGAUUUUGAUGAAGUCCUAUUUCAGCACUUUGCUGAGAAGUUCAAGGAAGAAUACAAGAUUAAUGUUCUGGAGAAUGCCCGUGCCUGUUUGAGGUUGCGUGCUGCAUGUGAAAAAUUGAAGAAGGUGCUGAGUGCAAACCCUGUGGCUCCGUUGAAUAUAGAAUGCUUAAUGGACGAAAAGGAUGUCAGAGGGAUUAUCAAGAGGGAGGAAUUCGAAGAAAUCAGUGUCCCAAUAUUAGAAAGGGUCAAGAGUCCGCUACAGAAAGCACUCGUAGAUGCUGGGCUUAAUGUGGACGACAUCCACUCGGUGGAGGUUGUUGGUUCAGGUUCUCGGGUUCCAGCAAUCCUUAAGAUACUGACGGAAUUCUUCGGGAAGGAGCCAAGACGAACAAUGAACGCUAGUGAAUGUGUUGCUCGUGGAUGUGCACUUCAGUGUGCUAUUCUGAGCCCCACCUUCAAAGUGCGGGACUUUCAGGUAUUUCAUUCCUAUGUUUCCUGCACUUUUCAAGUAUUAGUGAGUUUUAUGAGGGACCGCUAUCAUUCAUGGGUCUGUUUUUCUCUUCAUUUAUUAGCAAAACGACCAUGCAUAUGAGAACCGCUGGGAACGCGUUACCUUGAAAUAUUUGCAUGUGUACAUGUACAUGUUAUCCGACUUCAACUAUUGAAAAUCCUUUAAUUUAACUUGUUAUAAGCAUUUAAAGGCCAGAUGGACAACUCCUAAACAUCUCAGUUCAGUAUGCCGCUUGUGCAUUCCUCAUGUUCUCUUUAUGCCUUGAAAAUUUGGCGAGUUUUUUCUUUCUCUUUUUGCUUGCUCUGAGAACUCAUACAUGUUGAUCUCAUUGUUUUUUGGUAUCAAUGACAUUCCUGUGGGUUGCUGUGUUUUCAUUCAUGCUGCAAGGAUUCUUUAUUUGUGUAAAAAAAAUAAAUCCUCGAGUUUUCGUCAUAGUUGUUUCGGUUUUCUGUUGAUUUUUCAUGUCUUCAGAGUUUCUAGAGAUUAUUUCAAUAUAAUGGUGAUCAAUGUGCUAAAAGCUGGUCGUCUCCAGAAUGUGCAGUCUGAUUUCUGUUUUUUUGUCAUGAGGUUUGCUACAAGUUUUUAACCAAGUGUAUGGUUUAUUCUGCCAAUAUAAGGUGCACGAAAGUUUCCCCUUCCCAAUUGGUCUAUCUUGGAAGGGUGUUGCACCUGAUGCGCAAAAUGGAGCUACUGAGAAUCAGCAAAUGUCCAUUGUGUUCCCCAAAGGGAAUCCUAUACCUAGCUUGAAGGCUUUAAUAAUUUUCAAGUCUAGCACCUUUUCCGUGGAUGUUCAAUAUGUAGAUGCGAGUGACUCGCAGGCACCUUCAACUAUCAGCACAUACACGGUAAAUGCUACAUACAUCUAAAGCUCUUCUUUUAACCUUUUGUUGCCCCUCUCUAAUUGAUGUAUGCGAAUAAUUCCUUCAUUUUUUUUUCUUUUUGUAUAGAUUGGUCCUUUCCAGUCUACAACAGGUGACUGUGUAAAGAUAAAGGUGAUGGCCCGAUUAAAUCUUCACGGAAUCGUGUCUGUCGAGUCUGCAACUGUAAGUUCCAAAUCGUGUUCUCUGGUUUGAUGCUACCUGUUAAGAAGUAUCGCGACUGUUCUCCAAUUUUGAUCCAUCUUCCGUUGUUAUGUGGCCUUCAGAUGCACGAAGAAGAAAAUGUCGAGGUGCCCGUAGGAACCACGAAAAUGGAUACAGAAGAAGUAGCAUCAAAUAACCCGUCCUCUGUGGAAAGUGACGUAAACAUGCAGGACGCCAAAAGCCCCUCUGAACCUUCACCUUCUGGGGUGGAGAAUGGUACUCUGGAGGAGGAUGAUAAGCACAAGCCCACGAAGAUGGAGACGGAUGCCAAGGUUUGUGUCACUGCUUGUCGUUGGUUAUCCUGAGGCCAUGCAGGUUUGAACGACAUGUUGAUAGGCCGUCUUAUAUCUGACUAGGUCGAGGCCGUGAAGAAGAAGGUCAAGAAGACCGCCAUCGCAGUCGCCGAGAAUGUCUACGGCGGACUGCCUUCUGCGGAGCUGCAGAAAGCGGUCGAGAAGGAGUUCGAAAUGGCUCUCCAAGACAAGGUGAUGGAAGAAACCAAGGACAAAAAGAACGCCGUCGAAGCCUACGUCUAUGACAUGAGGAACAAGGUACGGACCAGCAUCCACCUGUUUUGAUCCCCUCCCCCUCCAAUUCCUCGGUGUCUGACAGCCACACGGGCCCCCCAUACCCCAGCUCCACGACAGGUACGAGGAAUUCGUCACCGCGUCAGAGAGGGAAGCGUUCACCGCCAGGCUUCAGGAGGUGGAGGACUGGCUGUACGACGAGGGAGAGGACGAGACGAAGGGCGUCUACAUUGCAAAGCUCGAGGAGCUCAAAAAGGUAAACCUUGCGUCCUCUACAUUCCUCCUCCUUUCUCCUCUCUUUGUGGCCUCUGCUUGACCCUGCGUGCCGUACGCAGCAAGGAGGCCCCAUCGAGGAGCGCUACAAGGAGAGCCUGGAGAGGGGGCCAGCCAUCGACCAGCUCGUUUACUGCAUCAGCAGCUACAGGGAGGCCGCCCUCUCUGCGGACCCCAAGUUCGACCAUAUCGACAUUGCGGAGAAGCAGAAGGUACACUGCGGCUGCCCCCGCCCCUCCUCCUGCCCCUGCCCUCCUGUGGCGCCUUAUUGGAACCCCUGCUUGCUUGUGAGCCUGUGACUGAUUGAUUCGUCAUUCAUUGGACGUAUGUUGCUGAUGGGUGGUAUAGGUUAUAAACGAAUGCGGCGAAGCCGAGGCUUGGCUUGCGGAGAAGAGGCAGCAGCAGGAGGCCCUCCCCAAGUACGCCACUCCCGUUCUUCUCUCCACCGAUUUGAAGAGGAAAGCCGAAUCCCUUGACAGGUAUUUUCUUUUCUUCCCCCAUCCUCUAUCUCUCUCUCUCUAAACUGGGUUGGUUGGUGUGUGCAGGUCAUGCAAGCCCAUAAUGACGAAGCCUCGUCCGGCGCCGGCAAAGCCUCAGACCCCACCGACGCCGCCGCCGCCCGCCGAGCACCCGGCGGAGGAGGGCGCGGAAGAGCAGAGCACCGGCGACGCCGCCCCCGCCCACCCCUCGGAGGCCAUGGACACCGACAAGCCCGGCGAGCCCGAGCCUUCUCCCCCGGCCGCCUGA